GGCCCACCAACUCCAUACCGGCAGCCAUCGGAGAUUAGAUCUAAGCCGUUCAUUUUAUCAACAAAAUGUAAAUGCGAGAAGCCUAGAACCUUCUGACCUUAAGCUCUUAUAUAUUUUCUCUUCCGUUACUAGAUUGCUCUUGCACUGAACCCUGUCUCGUCGGAGGUGAGGAGUCGUUUUGGUCGAUUGUAGCCGAUUUAGUUUCCAUUCGUUACUCUUUAUGCUUUUACUUCUUUCCAGACUUGUUUGAUUUGUUUCUUCUGUAAUAAUGAAAAUCUACGAUUUUCAGUUUGUAUAUCGGAUUCUGUAGCUGAGCUUAUCUGCCAUGGGGAAGUCUUAUCCAACUGUGAGUGAGGAGUACCAGAGAGCUGUAGAGAAAUGCAAGAGGAAGCUUAGAGGACUCAUUGCUGAGAAGGGAUGUGCUCCACUCAUGCUUCGCAUAGCAUGGCAUUCAGCAGGUACUUUUGACGUGAAGAGUAAAACAGGAGGUCCCUUUGGUACCAUGAAGCACCCUGAGGAACUCAAACAUGGAGCAAACAAUGGCCUUGACAUUGCUGUUAGACUCUUGGAGCCAAUCAAGGAGCAGUUUCCCAUCCUCACAUAUGCUGAUUUCUAUCAGCUAGCUGGAGUUGUGGCUGUGGAGAUUACUGGCGGCCCUGAAGUCCCUUUUCAUCCUGGGAGGGAGGAUAAGCUGACCCCUCCUCCUGAAGGUCGCUUGCCUGAUGCUACAAAGGGCUCUGAUCAUUUGAGGACUGUUUUUGGAGAGCAAAUGGGGCUGAGUGAUAAAGACAUUGUUGCUCUAUCUGGUGGUCACACCCUGGGCAAGUGCCACAAGGAACGUUCUGGAUUUGAGGGGGCAUGGACUUCCAACCCUCUCAUAUUUGAUAAUUCUUACUUCAAGGAGCUUCUUUCUGGGGAGAAGGAAGAUCUCCUCCAGCUUCCUACUGAUAAGACACUCCUGGAAGACCCAGUCUUUCGACCACUUGUUGAAAAAUAUGCUGCGGAUGAGGAUGCUUUCUUUGCUGACUACGCAGAAGCCCAUUUGAAACUCUCCGAGCUUGGGUAAAGUGCUUGCUUUAUUGAUUUGGUGCUUUGUAUACCCUCCCCCCUGAAGAGUUAUGGAUUGAUAUGAUUCGUAUGAUUCGUAUGUGCUAUGCUUUGUAUACCCUCCCCCCUAUGUUUUUUGACUACAGCUUUUAGAUGACUUUGAUUUCUAUAUUAAACUGCAGGUUUGCCGAAUGUUAAAGUUUAUUCAACGAAAGCUAGGGCGUUAAGACUGCUUGAGCUCACAUCACAUUUUCAAUUCUUGGUUGCCUAGCUGUAGUCUGACUAGUCUCCAUCUACUUUGCUCUAUAUAUCUACAAUAUAUUGAAUAAUAAAAGUAUGAAUUUUUGUGGCUGAUUGCUUUCUACGAUGUCAUACACUCAAAAAAUUGUCUUGAAAAGUGCCUUUAAACUCCUGCUAAUGCAUUAUUGUAUCAAACAAUCCGUUUCAUCACUUAGAUUUGUGUUGAUCUUUAUAUUACUGCACUAAAUCCUGUGAUUGGAUCUCAAUCGUCGCGGGAUUUUAACCCACGUUCCUAGUGUCAAAAGUAUUGUACCAACUACAAAUACUAGAUGACACUAGGGAUGGACUUGGGCCGGGUGAACUGUAUCAGAAUUGGCCUGAACUGGUACUGUUUUCGCCCGGAACCAGCCUGGUCCACGGUUGGUUGAGUGGUUCAGGCCAAUUGGCCAGGCACUGUAGAAGGCUGUUUCCUGGGCCUUGAUUUUUAUGAACUGUCUGGCAGGUUUUGGACUUUUGGCCCCCUUCGGGCCUUUUUUUUUGUUAUUCAUAUUUUUUAAAGGGAAAUGGGAUGGGAUGGACCCAACUGGCCUGGCUUGCUAUUGUGCGGGCCCGGCCUGACCCGGGUAUGUGUUGGGCGGUUCGGGCUUUGAACUGGCCUGAUCGGGUAGUGUGGUUUGGGGUCAGGAAAAAAGCGAACCAGCCGGCUUGGGCCUAACGGCUCAUUUUUUUUUAAAAAAAAUUCUUUUCCAGCCAAAUAAGGCUUUAGAGGCGUUGUAUUCAAACCCAAACGGCUCUAUAGCUGUUGGGACUUGGGAGGCUGCCAGGGGUCCUCGUGUGGGUUGGGGUGGGGUGGAGUACAAAAAAUCUAUAAAUAUUCCAUUUUUUGCUAUAUGAUUUAUUACACAUUUUCUCCAAAUAUUCUUACUCUCUAAUAUUUAUUCUCUACUAAUCUUCUCCAUCUUCAUCUUCUCAAAUGUAUAACUACGUAUAUUAUAUUUAUAAAAUUUAUUAUCUACUUAUUAUCUACUUAUACUAAUAUCUAAUUAUUAUAUUAUUGUUAUUUACUUAUAUUUACAUAUUACAUAUACUUAAUAGUUAAUAUAUACUUAUAUAUUAAAGUAUUAUAUAUAAGUUUAUUACUCAUCUUAUAGUAAUAUACUUAUAUUAUAUAUACUAUAAACAUAAUAUUAUAUAUUACUAGUUAAUCUACUUAUUAUCUACUUAUAAAUAUAUAUUAAGUAUAUCUACUUAUACACUUAUAAUGUACUUAUUCAAUUGCUUAUACACUUUCACACUCAUUAAUUUAGUUUACACACUCAUACAUUCUUUAUUAAUAUAAAACUAGUUAAUUGUUUCACUUAUCAUUUUAGUAUUAGUUCAUUGCUAUAAAAGUAGUUAAUUGUUAGUUGUUAGUUUAUUGGAAAUAGUUGCAUUAAAAAUUGUUAGACAAUAAUUCGAAAUUAAUUGUUUAAAUGUUAAACUAGUUAAUUGUUACAUUUCUUAAUCUCCUAUAAUACUAGUUAAUUGUUACAUUUAUUAUUCUCCUAUAAAACUAGUUAAUUGUUACAUUUCUUAUUCUCCUAUAAAACUAGUUAAUUGUUACAUUUAUUAUUCUCCUAUAAUACUAGUUAAUUGUUACAUUUUUUAUUCUUAUAUAAUACUAGUUAAUUGUUACAUUUAUUAAUUAUUCUCCUAUAAAACUAGUUAAUUGUUACAUUUCUUAUUCUCCUAUAAAACUAGUUAAUCGUCACAUUUAUUAUUCUCCUAUAAAACUAGUUAAUUGUUAAACUUGUUAAAUAAAGUUGUUACAUUUUAAAACAAAUAGUUCGAAUUUUUACAUUGCAUUAUUAUUUAAUUGUAGUUAAGUUAUUACAUUGUAGUUGCAUAGUUCGAAUUUAAUUGUAUUUCGAAUUGUGAGAUUUGUAUUUCAAAUUCACUAGUUUAAUUGUACUUCAAAUUUAAUAUUUGUUAUAUUUUUAAGAUGGAAGUAUGGAACGUGCUAGAGCUUCCGUAGAUAUGAGUAACCUCCGCCGCAAUCGAACAAAGGAGAUUGGGAGGAAUCAUCCAAGGUCACGCAAAGGUAAGGGAGGGGUCGAGUCUUCAUCUCAAACCUGAGAUGAUUUUGAUGCGGAUUACAACCAAAGAUACGGGGAUGCGAUGUCCGAUGAGCAACUAGAACAACUAUUGCAACAAAAUCAAGGGCGCUUUUUCCAUCAACAAGACAACCCGCAAACGGUCGAGGAUGAGGUUCAUGGCACACCGGACGAUGAGGAAGAGCAAGCGGAAGUGGCUAUUUCUUUCCAAGGCGGUGAGAAAUCUGAAUCUGUCUUUAAGGCCAAUUUUACAAAAGUUAAAGAUCUCGAAACCGAGAUAUGGUACGUCACUUGCAAGCAUUGCAACAAAAAGUAUAACUUGGGAAUUUCCGGAGGAUAUGGUACUUAUAACUUAAUUAAGGUGCUUAUUAGAUUUAAAAACCAUUUUCCUGCUUUUUUAAAAGAAUAUGCUAACUAUAUUAUAAACCCGGCUGACAUCGACACUUGUGAAAAAAUUGUGAAUGUUUUGGUGUAUUUUAAUAAUGCAACUCAAACUUUUAGUCAUGUUUAUAAAUCUACCGCAAACCAAUUUUUUGUUGAAUCUGUUAAUUUCGCCGGCGCUUUUUGUGAAUUUGCUGAUGCCGCUUACGUUAGUUAUUUUUGUGAAUUCAUGAAACAAAAGUUUUUAAAAUAUUAUUCCUAUAUUCCGCAUAUAUAUAGUAUUGCAUUUAGUCUUGAUCCUCGUUUUAGACUUGCUUCUUUGGAGCAAUGUUUAGAUUACUUUUAUGCUUCUUUUUUUGGUCAUAGACCCUAAACAACAAUUUCAAGAGGAUAGUAAUUUAUUAUAUCAAUUAUUUAAUGAGUUUCAUGCACAAUAUGGUAACACACCUCCUCCCCACCACGAACAUCUUCUUGAUCUAAAGGAAAAUACAUUUUGAAAUCUGCAUUUGGCAAUCUUAUGAAAAAAAGUAAAUCAACUCCGGUUAAUGAACAAAGCUCGAUCAACGAGCUUUCUUUGUAUCUAACAUUUCCUGUUGAGUAUGAAGAAGGGGAUGACUUUGACGUUCUUCAGUGGUGGAAGGAAAAAGAGAGAACAUUCCCGAUCUUAUCAAAGAUGGCUAAGCAAGUGCUAGCAAUGUCGGUAUCAACAGUUGCUGUGGAAUAAGAGUUUAGUGCGGCCGACAACGUACUAACGGAUUAUAGAACGAGAUUGAGCGCAAUCUCUCUUGAGACGCUUGUUUGCUUCCAUGAUUGGUUGAAGGCCAAACGUAGAACUCAAGAAAUUAGCAUUGAACCCACCCGUCACUUUAUGGAAGAAACAACCGAAGAUGCCAGAAAUUCCGAUUGAUUCAUAUUUAUUAAAAACUGUAUUUCAUGUUUUAAUUUUUGCUCAAUUUU